ACGCGCGAGAACGCGAGAAAAUCGCGCGCCGGCCUGCUAGUGCGCAAAACAAACGCUGAAAUUGUAUUGUAAAUUCGAUUUAUCUUGCUUAUGUAAACAGUACCUCACUCUCUCCACGUCAGAUAUUCUUUGAGCCGAUGAACUGCCAUCGUCAAUUUUCAGGAAACUAUGGCUGGUCAUGACAAAAGUGAGGCACAUAACGAACCAUCGGACACCCAGACUGGUGAGGAUCAGCUCUCUGAGUGCAGAGAGAGCCUCCUGCAUAAGGUCAAUGGUGUCUUAGAGUUCUACUUCAGUGACAUAAACCUAUCAAGGAACCAAUACUUUGCCCACAAAGUGUGUGAGGAUCCUUACGUUCCAAUCGACCUCCUCAUGACUUUUCAUAAAUUGAAAGAGCUGACGGACAGUAAAGAAGUGAUUUUGGAUGCUGUCAAACUGUCCAAAAUGCUUCACGUUACUCCUGAUGGUAAAAAGAUUUAUCGAACAACUGAAAUCCAACAUGUUGACCAAAUAGAAGAACACGUCAUCUAUGUUGAAAAUGUCCCCGAGAACAAAGACAUUGAGUGGCUCAGACAAAUAUUCUCUUCGUAUGGACAAGUUGUGUAUGUGUCAUUACCAGUAUUCAAGAUGACCAGAAUGAACAAGGGAUAUGCAUUUAUCGAGUUUACGUCAGAGAAGGAUGUUGCGAAAUCCUAUGAGGCCUUUAAGAGCUCAGAUUUGUUGAUUUGCACAAAUAGGCCACCUGAAGAGCUCUUGAGUAUCAAAACUCAUGAGACGGACAACCCUGCAGAUGCUCCAGAAGUGGACAGAAUGAAACUGGUCAACUCAACUGUUGAAUCACGAGAUUUGGCGAAACUUGGAAUGAAAAUCAUGAUGAAGUGUGAUUGGAGGAGACUGAGAAAUAGGUAUUUAAAUCGACUCCAUGUGAAAAACAGAACAUUGAAGGAGGAAUCUGGUGCCCAAGAAGAGGAAUGUACUCUUAAAAAAGGUCUCAUUGUCAAGCUACAGAAAUCUAAGCACUUGGGAAAUCUCGCUCAAUAUAUUGAGGGGAUUCGACUGCGACCAAAUGGAGGAGUUGUGUUUGUAACAAACCAUGCUAAAAGUGAUUGUGUGUACAUCCGAUUUGCUUCUGCUGAGCAGGCUGAUGCCUUAUUGAGUUCUGACGCACCUCACAUUACUAAACUUGAAGGCUCUGAGGAGGUUGAGUAUUGGGAAAAUGUAAUGAAAAUAGUUGCAGAAAAAAAAGAGCGCGCUUUUCUUAAGAAGGUUAUGAAAAAGAAGGAAAGGCGACUGGCUAAAGCUCAAAACCAAGCUGGGCCAACCUCAGAUAUUCCCGAGCAUGGCAACACGAUGGACAACUUUGAUAAUUUGGUACACAACUUACAAGCUAGCGUCGCAGAUGACCAACCUGAGGUCAAUGUUGAUCCUAGUUUGAGGAGCAAGCGCAAAAAGAAAAGAGACAGGAAGACUGGUCAAAAGCAACCAGCAAACAAGCACAUCUACUUUGAUGACGACGAUGAAGCUAAGGAGACUAAUGAUGAAGUUGGAAUACAGGAUCCAACAUCUGAAAAAGGCAAAAACAAACGGGAAGCUGAUUUAGGCAGCAAUGAUGAGGAGCCUUCGUCAAAGAAAGCAUGUUUAACAGAGACAGAAGCAUAAUACUUUGAAAAGGAAAGAAAAUUUUGUCAAAAUACAAUAAAUUUGUUAUUUAUCCUUGAUA